AUGCGACUGCGGGCCUUUUCCAGAGCCGGCUCCACUCCGGCUCCACUCCGGGUCCGCUCCGGUUCUGCUCUGGUUCUGCUCCGGGUCCGCUCCGCUGGUGUGGGGAGCGGCGUGAGAGUCGGGAUUCUGUCCCAGCGCUUCACGCUCACAGCACAGGGGCAGAGACGGGCAGACGCGCUCGGCGGCCUGAGCUGCCGUUUCCUCGUUUCCCAAUUUGGGAAGAUCUUAGACGUGGAGAUUAUCUUCAAUGAGCGAGGCUCCAAGGGCUUUGGGUUCGUAACGUUCGAAACGAACGAGGAGGCGGAGCGGGCCCGGGAGAAGCUGAACGGGACAAUCGUAGAGGGACGCAAGAUAGAGGUCAACAACGCAACAGCAAGAAUAAUGACGAACAAGAAAAUGUGUCACCCUUAUGUAAACGAUUGGAAACUGAACCCGGUGGUGGGAGCUGUCUAUGGUCCUGAACUCUAUGCAGUGACGGGUUUCCCGUACCCGGCCACCGGGGCGGCGCUAGCGGCGUACAGGGGAGGACAGGUGAGAGGCCGGGGCCGCGGCCUUUACAGCGCCUUCCGGACUGCACCCCCAGCCCCGCCCCUCCCGGGGUACGGAGCAGUGCUUUACCAGGAUGGCUUCUAUGGAGCAGAGAUUUAUGGGGGCUACACGUACAGAUACACCCAACCUGCCACAGCGGCCACCUACAGUGACAGCUAUGGCAGACUCUAUGCAGCAACAGAGCCCUACCACCACACCAUCAACCCCUCCCCCGCGUACACCGUGGGCACCAUGGCCGGCCUAAGCAGAGGGGCACAGGGUCGCUUCACCCCUUACUAAAGUGAGACGGACAUUAUAUUCCCUACACCCCCUACUGAAUUUAUACCCCCCCUUAAAUAAACAAACCCCUACAUCCCCUACUGAAGAAGAACUGAAUUUAUAACCACCCCCCUUAAAUAAACGAACCCCUACACCCCGUACAACAGAAAAAC